AUGGCUGAAGGUGUUGUUAUUGUUGCGGCUGAAGGGAUCAAGACCCUCGGAGACUUCAUCAUUCAGCAAUCAAAGUUCUUGAGUGGAGUCAGCUAUCAAGUUGAGCUUGCAAAAGUUGAACUGCACUUGAUCCGCGGCUUCCUCAGAGAUGCAGAUGCAAGACAAGGAGAAGAAGAGGUAGUCCGCAUUUGGGUUAAACUGAUUAGAGAUGCUGCUUAUGACUUGGAGGAUGUCAUUGAAUCUUUUGCCUUGAAAGUAGCUUCUAGGAGGAGAGGAGGUACUGUGAAGAUUGUUCUCAAAAGGUUUGCAAGCAUCUUUAAUGAAGGAGUUAAUCCAUACAAGAUUGGGUCCGAAAUUGAGGAUAUUAUGACCAAACUUUCUCAUCUGAGGUCGAGUUUGCAAAGUUAUAACAUCAGGCAAAUAAGUGGGGAGGAAAACACAGAUAUACUGGUGAAGGAGUUGGUAAGAGAAGGAAAGCGUCACCGUGUUAUUUCUAUUUGGGGGAUGGGCGGCUCUGGAAAAACCACUCUUGCAAAACAGGUUUUUCUUCAAGAUGAAGUUAAGCGCCAUUUUGAUUGUUUUGCUUGGGUCUGUAUAUCUCAACAAUGGGAAGGAAAGGAUGUAUUGGAAGAUAUUAUAAUUAAACUCACUUCCCCAACAGCAGAAAAAAGGAAAGAAAUUUCCAAAAUGAAAAAGGAUGAAAUAGCAAGGGAGGUCUGUAGUAUCCAACGAGAAAAGAGAUGUCUGGUGGUCCUUGAUGACAUAUGGACUCAAGAGGCUUGGCAUUCAAUAAAAUCUGGAUUCCCAAUCAAUGAGGAAACAGAGAGCCGGAUAUUACUCACUACUCGCAAAAAAGAAGUUGCUUUGCUUGCUUCCAAAAAUGAUCAUCUCCACCAACCUCAACCAUUAGAUGACAACCAGAGCUGGGAACUGUUUGAAAAGAUAGCGAUGUGUGGAAGCGACAAAACAGACUUGGAAAUUUAUGCAAAGAAAAGGGAAUUAGGAAAGAAGAUGCUUGUACAUUGUUCAGGUUUACCAUUAGCCAUCAAUGUGCUUGCUGGUCUUCUUAGUAGACGAGAGACGAUUGAUGAGUGGGACACGGUACUUAGAAAUGUUGAUGUAUACAUAAUGAGAGGCAUAAAUGUCCUUGAAAGAGAAAAGACAGGUCAGGAGUGUGGUGUUUCAGGUGUCUUGGCAUUGAGUUAUGAUGACUUACCAUCUCACUUAAAACUAUGCUUUUUGUAUUUAGCCCAAUUUCCUGAGGAUCAUGAGAUACGGGUAAAAAGACUUAGUCAAUUAUGGAUUGCAGAAGGGUUUAUAACUUCAACGUCAGAAAUGCAUGUUUCAGUUGAAAUUUUGGAAGAAUUGUCAUAUAGUUGCCUAGUUGAAUUAGUGGAAAGAUCUAUGGUUCAAGUUGUAGAAUAUGGCUUAAGUGGGAAGGUGAAAACUUGCCGUCUCCAUGAUUUUAUGCGAGACUUGUGCUUGCAAAAGGCAGAAGAGGAGAAUUUUCUCCGAAUUAUUAACUUUUCUACGGGACUAGUAUCUAAGACACCACUAAUUGGCAAGGUUCGAAGACUUGCCCUCCAUUUGGAUGAAAAUGUUAAAUAUGAUUUUAGUAUAGAUGGAAGAGAUGAGCACAUUAGAUCUGCGGUAUAA